UAUUUUGCCAUCAUUCUGUUAUUUUCCCAUCAUUCUAUAAAUAAUAUUAUUAUUAUUAAAUAAGGAAAAAAAAAGUGAUAGGAAUUUUCAGAUGGGGGAAAUAUUAAAUGGAUAUUGAUUUCGAUAUUUGCCAUGAGCUCUGAGUAUUUGCCUGGCAAAACACUUGAUUUUUGGUGAUCGAUUUCGUUAAAAUUUAGGGUCAUUGAAAUUUUUUAAAAGAUGUCAUUCAAAAAAGGAGAAAGCACAACAGAUAAAGCAUUGUCACAUGGAGAGCAGCUGGCCAAGAUUUAUGAAGUAAGGAAGAUGAUGGGUCCUAUUGCGGAUAGGCUACCAGCCAUUUGUUCAGAAGCUUCAAUCUCAAGGUACCUAAGAGCGCGGAACUGGAAUACAAAGAAGGCGGGCAAGAUGCUGAAAGAAACCAUAAAAUGGAGGUUGGAGUUCAAGCCCGAGAAGAUCCGAUGGGAAAACAUUACUCAAGAAGCGAAGACAGGAAAAAUUUACAGAGCCAAUUACCAUGACAAGUGCGGAAGGACAGUUCUUAUCCUGAGGCCUGGUUUUCAGAACACAAAUGCGGUAAACGAGCAGAUGAUGUAUUUGGUAUACUGCCUGGAGAAUGCCAUACUGAAUAUGAAUCCAGAUCAGGAACAGAUGGUGUGGCUAAUUGAUUUUCAACGGUGGAACACGUCGAGCAUAUCGUUGAAGGCGACUAGGGAAACAGCUAAGAUCCUGCAAAAUCAUUACCCUGAGAGAUUGGGAAUUGGCAUCCUCUAUAAUCCACCAAAAAUAUUUGAGUCCUUUUGGACGUUGGUAAAACCAUUUCUUGAGCCAAAAACACACAAGAAGAUGAAGUUUGUGUACUCGGACAACUCGCAGAGCCAGAAGAUAAUGGAAGAUCUUUUCAACAUGGACAAGUUGGAAUCCACAUUUGGCGGGAGAAGUUCAGUUGGUUUCGACUAUGAAGCUUACGGACAAAGAAUGCGAGAAGAUGACAAGAAAAUGUCUAGUUUUAUCGAUUCAGGUUGUUCGCCAGCCUAUUCGCCAGCCUAUUCGCCAGCUUAUUCGCCAUCAAUCAUGUCCGAGUUGCAGCAAUUGACUUCUGACCAUUGUUCUGAGGUCUCCGAUGAAGGCGGCUGCUCGUCGUGCGAUGAAGCAGCUUCGUCGAACUUGGAGGUCGUCGAUGAGAAGGUACAAGGACAACCGCACGACAGCAAAGAUGUUGCAAAUGACUGCACAAAAGUGGCUGCAUGAUGAGCACUAGGUUUUAGGGUUUGGUUUUAUGAUAUUUCACCUUAUGUAAUGAAACAUUUAACACAGUUACUUUUACAGCUCCUUUUUUUUUUCCCUCUUUGGUUGAAAAGGUUUUCUCUUGUUUGCUGACACGUUGUUUAAAGAUCAAUAUUUCUACUGAGAUUGGAAUUUCGA